AUGCCAGCCAGUUGCCGGGGGGGAGCAGUGCCACUGGACCAGGACGAGCACCAUUCCAGCGCAGCAGCGCAGCCUACGAACAGGAUUCGGGAGUAGCAGCAGCAGGAGGAGCACUGGAAUAUGGAGAUCUCCGAUCGCGCAGCCCAAGUAUCUUCUUGGAACCGCCCACGCCGGAUCCCACGCAUGCCCACUUCGGACCGGGAUGGGGUCGACCCAUGUCGCCCAUGGAUCUGCCGCCGGAGAGAUCGUCGGCCAGUGCCUCCGGCAGCAAGUCACCCACCGGCAAGUCCCGAUUGCGACCCAAACUCCAUCUGCCGCUGGGCAGAUUGGGCAGAUCCAGCUCCUCGGACACGAGGGAGAGCAACAGACUGCGCGAGGAUGUCCAUGUGCAUGUGGAGAAUCCGGUCUUCAGCAGCGAGAACCUGCGCCACAACAACUUCGAUGCAUUCUUCGAGGCCCGCGAGCCGGUCAUCAAGGUGCAGCCGCGAACGCCCCACACGGCGCCCGUGGAUGGCAGUGGGCGUGGCUACUCGCCGCCCCUGGAGAACUAUGCAGGCGUCUACGACUCGCCGCGGACGAGGAGUCCGGCGGGCAAGGGCGGCGGCAGCGGGGGCGGUCUCUUCGCCCGCUCGCCUCGCGAGGAUCGUGAGCGGAUGGCCGGCGCAAGGUCGCGCAGUGCGGAUCAGUGCGACGGGGCGGUGGCUGGUGGAGCAGGUGGAGCGGCGGGAGGAGCACCUAGUGGAGCGGGCGCCAGGGGAUCCAACUCGGCGGGCGGCGGCGGCGGAGGGGCCAGCUCGGCCGGAGCGCACUCCAAAGGUGACAGGUUCUUCGGUAAAAUCUUCAAGUGGUCGAAGAAGUCGUAGGAGGAUCUUCGGGUGGAGGGGACCACGCGGUGGUUCCCUUGGCCCAAAAGGCGGCAGGAUGGCGUCCUACAACGGCGUGCUCAAGGAUUACAGUCACAGCAGUUUGAACGAGGCUUUCAAAUCCCAGAACAAUGUCAACUUUAAGUUAAUUAAAACAGUAUCCGAUUUCUCCGAAACACUCUCCCGUCUGUACGAGGAACACGCAACUGCCCUCCAAGUUGCGGUGUCCAAUUAUCGCAAGAAGAAUGCCGAAUUACGAAAAGAAAGACCCGCCUGCCACUUGGCCAUCUUUCAGGCAUGGGAAACAUUCCUGCAGGAGGUCGAAACCGAUUCACAGGCCUGCAACGAUGUGGCCAGCGUCCUUUCCCGCCAGGUGUCGCGACCAAUGCUGGAUAAAUCCUUUCAUCGCAAAGUUCAAAGCCGUAAAAUAUUCACACACAGGGAGUCUUUCGAGACUAUUAUCGCAAAGACUGAAGAGAAGCUGUCAAAGUGCCGAGUGGACUACAAGCAGUGCCACCUGGCCCACCGACAGAAUCCCAGCCAGCACUCGCUCACCGAAUACAUCGACGCCCACAACGCGUACGUGCAGCAGCUGCAUGCCACCAAUGGCAUGCUGGAGGCCUACCACUCGGACACCCUGCCCCAGCAGAUGCAGGAGCUGGAGGAGAUCCACAACGACCUGGUCGCCAUUGUGUCCGACUCGCUGAUGCAGGGCGCCGAAGUAAUUGCCGGCAAGGCCAAUGACCAAUCCAAGCGGUACAACAGCCUGACCAACCAGUGCAGUGCGGUGUCACCUCAACAGGAUCUGGUGAACUUCGUCCGCCUGCUGGCCCAGCCGUCGCAGGCCCAGAAGAUUCCCCGACGGGUCUUUGCGACGCCCCAAGUGGAGGCUGGCGAGGAGGCGGGUGACCACAAUGAGAUGACGCCCUGCCUGCGGAAUGAGCUGGUCUUCGACCGACACUCCACGUUGUCGCAACGCUCCGCGCUGGAGUCGCUGAAGCGAGAGGCCAUCGAAUUGGAAUUGCAAAUACGUCAGCUGCAGGACUCCAUUGAGGCACUGAAUCGGACGCAGACCCGCGGAAUCGAGGGUCAGUUGUACAACAAGGUCAACGAGCUGCAGGAGGAUUUGUCCAUGAAGAAGUUCGACCUGCGGGCCAAGCAGAUCCAUUUGGCGGCCAUAAGGGCUCAGAAGGAUCUGUUCGUGAGCAAAGUUGAGCCGACAUCGCCGCGAAACGAACGCAAAUUCUCCGCUGCCACAGCGCCAUCGAUGAAAACAAAGUGGCUGAAAGCAUUUAAGAGCCUAAAGCCUGCUGGUUCUGGUUCAGCACAACAAGCAGAUAGGCGCAAUGGAGCCUCCAGCACAGCCUCCGAGCCGCUGCGUCCCAACCUGGAUGGCAGCCACCACCUGCAGGAGUACACCUACAAGAAGAUAACGGCCUGCGACGUCUGCUCCCAGAUUCUGAGAGGCCACACACGCCAGGGAUUGCGGUGCCGCAUCUGCAAGCUGAACGCCCAUGGAGACUGUGCCCCCAAUCUGCCGCGCUGCCAGCCGAAGCAGAAGCUGCUGCGGCGCCAGAAGAGCACCUCGGAGCUGGAGAAUCGCGUUGAUAUCGAGGAAGAAACAGGCGCCGACAAGUCCGUCCAGGGCAAGCAAUUGGAUGGCGGCGUCGCGGGAGGAGCGGCGCUUCCGGUUCCGGUUCUGUCCGAGCGGGAAAUGGGCAGGGCCCCGCCGCCGGAUAUACCCAUUGUCAGUGUCUCGGAACUGGUCCUGCAGGAGCAGCAGCAGCAACAGCAGCAGCAGCAACAGCAACAUCAGCAACAGCAGCAACACCAGCAGCAGCAGCAACAGCAACAGCUACAACUGCAGCAGCAGCAACAACGCAGUCUGGCAUCGGUGGCGCAGGCGGCGGCGGUACGGGCGGGACGAGGGGUCCGUCCGCCGCCCGUGGCCAUGCCCAUUCUGGGCGUGCAGCUGCAACAACAGGAGCUGCAGCAACAGCGCGGCGGCCUGCCGGUGCCCACCCAAGAUAUUUCGAGUAGCUCAGCACCGCACUCACCGCGUCGCCAAAAAUUGAACUUACGCAUGAAAUCCCUGAGCCUGGACUCGCCCGAAUCGUCGGAGCUGCACGGCCAGUUCAGACGACGGGCCCAACUGCCGGGCACAGGCGCCUCCACAUCGGCCGGCUCCGCUUACUACCAUGGUGGGUCCGGAGGCCACCUGGAGCACAGCACUCCGCCGUCGAACAACAGCCGCCUGCACUCACCAUCGAGCCCCUCGCAUCCGGGCCGCAAACUACUCUACGCCACCCGUGGAAUGCGUGGCGGCAGUGUCGAUCUGCCGGACGAAAUGGAGAAGUCACAAUCCUCGGCCAGCACCUCGCCGUGCCUCUCACCCAAAACACAUCGUCUGUUGCCCACGAAUCUGUACGUCAUCAUCUACAACUUCAAGGCGCGACAUGCCGAUGAGCUGGACCUGAAGGCCGGUUACAAGGUGACUGUCAUUGACAAUUCGGAUCCGGACUGGUGGAAGGGCAAAGUCUUGGGACGCGUGGGUUACUUCCCAUCCAAGUACUGUGUGCGUCUGAAUGCCAACGAGAAGCCCCUGCAGGUGACCCACAAUCUCCAGGUGUCCGACAGCGAACGUGGGGAGAACCUCACCCUGCUAAGGGAUCAGAUUGUCAUCCAGACCGGCGACGAGGUCAACGGCAUGGUGAUGAUCCGCGCCGCCGAGCACGGGCAGGGCUACUGCCCGAUCAAGUAUCUGCAGGAGGUGUGACAGCCAGAAGAGGACGAGCCGCCUUCCGACGAGCGGGACAGACCGCACAAGUCGUCCAUGCAGUCGUCGUCGUCGCGGACGGCGGACAAGACCAAGCGUAGGAUUAGAAUCGUAGUGUCCGAGAACAACAGCCUAGCUGCUAGUAGUGUUGCACCCGCACCACCCGCAUCCGCAUCCGCCUUCACCACCACCCAGCACCACCACCACCACCAAGUUCCGAGGGAAUCCAAUGUCGAGACGAAGCGGCUGAACAUCGACUACGGCGAUGAGGGCAGCAGUGCCGAUUGGGACAAGGACCGCGAGGUGCUCAUCCUGUCCGGGAGGCGCAACAAGAACGACAAGAACUGGGAGAACUGGGAGCGCAUCCGGGAGCAGAAGCUGGAGAAGAUGAAGGGCAUCUGUUUCGAGAGCUAUCGCCAGUCCAAGCGGGAUAAGCUCCUCCAGGCGAAACCGCGACCCAAGCAACUGGACUCCACUUGGUACACGGACAACAUCUAUUCGAAUCGAUCCGAUGACAUGGACGAGGACUAUGUGCCGGAUUGCCUGAAGUACGGACCUUUUCGCACGCUGCGGGACAUCCACGAGCUGGACGAGAAGAGCGGGGGAACGGAGGAGCGUCGCGUGGAUGGCGAGGGAUCCCCCGGUUAUGGCCUGCAUCGCUCCAAGAGCUGCAAGGAGUUCCAGUACCCCAAAUCCCAGAGCUGGUGCUUCGAGGGCAAUGUCUUCGAGGCGGGCGGCGGUGUGGCGAGUGGAAGUGGCAGUUCCGGUGGAGCUGCCCCGCCCACCACCUCCAUCCUGAAGAACCGCGCGGGUGUGCCCAAGUCGUACUCCUUCAGUGCCACCACCAAGACCAUGCCCUUCGACAUCAUCGACUACGAGUUGCCGCCCGCCUCGAAUACGCGACGUGAGAAGCGGGAGGCUUUGCGGCGGAACAUGAAUGCCCUGUGCAGCAGUAGCUUGGACCGCUGCUGUGCCCGGGAUCAGUGCACCAGUGCCCGCUGCCUGCUGGAGGACAUCUAUCCGGGAUCCGGGAGGGUGAGGCCCAGGGCGUCCGGGGCGGGCAGCAAUCGGAAUUUGAGUGCGGCAGACUGGCUGUUCGAGGAGCGGGCCGGCAGGCAGAGGACACCCGCUGCUCCCACGGUCAUCUGCUGCUGCUCUGCGGCGGAGGACUGCUGCUGCCACCGCCAACGGCCGCAGCAACCGCCGCUUCCCGCUCGCCCAAGAUCACGACCCAUCUGCCCGGGUCAUCAUCCCGCCGCCGAGGAGGAGGAGCACAUGCACUGCCGCUACGACACCGACCUGGAGCACUUCAUCCGCGCGGAGCGAGAGCGUCUGCUGCUGCAGGACAAGUUCCUGGACGAGGAUGAGCGGUAUCUGGCUGCUGCCCCAGCUCCUCGAAGUCCUGGCAGGCGGUAUCCGGCGGGAAACUAUCACCGGCCACCGCGCAGCAAGUCGCUGCUGGAGAUGCAGCCACCCACCAGCCUGUUCGACGAGGACACCUGCUCGGACACCACGGAGAUCGACCUGGAGGACUUCAACAUCGACCUGGAAAAGUACUGGGAGCAGCUGGACAAGCCGCCCAGUCCCAUCAACAUGGACAUGCGGCGCAACAUGCACAGCAGCCUGAAGGUGAAGAACGUGAAUGUGCGGUGCUACAACAAUGGCCAGCCCAUCGAUCUGCACGACCGGGAGCACGAGCGGCUGAUGAUCAAGAAGUCGCUGCUCGAGGGGAUGCCCUCGCCGCCGCAGCUGGACUCCAGUGAGUCCUCGACCAAUGCGGGUGGCUAUCCUUUUUUUGACACUGCUCCCGCCGUUGCCCCUGCCCCCGCCUUCCACCAUCGGCCGAGCUACGGACACCAGCAGGGAUAUGGCCACAAGGUGUAUCCCACGGUGGACACCCUGCCCUCGUACCAGUACAACAACUUCUAUCCGGAGCACAGCCAUCCGACGGUGGGCAGUGUGCUGACCCAGCAGCCGACGGCCGGCAUCCAUCAUCCAUCGGCCGGGGGUCACUCGGCCCUCAGCCUGAUCAACAACAUCUUCUCGAUCUACAAGCCCAACAAGUACUCGCCGGAGAACUGCCAGAUGAACUAUGAGAGCAAGCCGGAGCCGUGCAAGAAGAUGAACGUGCCCAGUACCCACAGGCCGCUGGGGGCGGCCAGUCACCCGUAUCCUGCCCACGACUACAUGCACUCCUCGAUGAAGCGACCCCUGCUGGUCAGUGCCGAUCAGCCGCACUUCAAGAUCAUCCCGGAGAAGACUGGCCUGAAGAUCUCGCCCCUGCUGAGUUACGAGGACUACGGCGGAGGAGGAGGAGGAGUUGGAGUGGGAGUGGGAGUGGGAGUCGGAGGCGAGAAGGCCCACCACAGACUGAGUAGCACGGCACGGCCUCUGAUGCUCCCGCACUGAUGGUGCUGGACCUUUCCGUGGUAUGGCAAUGGCAAUGGCAACUAUUGUUAGUUGGGCUCCAACACCCAUCCAACUAUCCCAAAAAAAGACUCGCGAGCAGCGAACAGCAACCCAAACGCACAAAAAACUGGGUCCAGCCAAGAGAGAAGAAGAAAUACGUAAGAAGGACAGGAUACCAUCGGGGGACUAUCGGGAUCUGGAUCUGGAUCUUGGGUCACUUGUGAAGCAUCCCUCCCGAAACCAACCUCCACUCCACCAACUCGCCGUCUUUGUCUUCGUCUUCGUAGUCGUCGUCGUCGUCCAUCCGCACAAUUUGCUUUUGGUUUAGCCGGGCAGGUGUUCCAUCGAAGCAUCCUUGACACUCCAGCAACAGGAAACCACUUGAACAACAGCAACUACAGCCAUACCAUUGGAAAACAGCACUACAGACAAACAGAACAACCAACAUUCGCAGCAUGUCAGAUGGAAGUGAAAGUGCAAGUAUUAGUAAUGUAACGAUUUGAUAAGCGGAUCGAUUAGGAUAAACCAAACACAAUCCUCUCCCUUAGACACAGAUACACACACACACAACCAGAGACAUUUGUAUACAAUCACUGUGCUUUUAAUUCGCUUAAAAUCGCUAGUUAAAUCGCUGAUAAAUCGCAGUUCGAUAACCACUAAACAACAGAUUCACUAAUUUUCGAGCAACUUUUAAGCAAUCAAGAGCGUAUUCGAUAGAACAAAGAGUAGAACUAAGUCGAAAGUGUUUAGCAUUAAGCCGUUCAUAUCGCGUUUCAUAUUCCAGUAUGAACAUAUUGUAUACCCUAAACUCUGUAGAAAGCUAAAAGGAUUUUAUUAGUACUGAAGUUUCGGGAGAAUAUCUACCUAGACUCGUGAAUGUCAGCGGGACUUAUUUUGGCCUCAAUAUAUAUCGCGAUAAUUUUGAGAUGCAAAACGAAAAAACUAAGGCGAACCGUUUUUAUUGUCACCAAAUUUUUUCUAUUUUUUAUACCAAACAACUUUGAAUCAACUAAACGGGCGGAGUUAUUGAAAUUGCUACGAUUGAUAGGGCUACAAGCUUUCCCCAUAAGUUGCGGCUACUAGGAGCGAUUAUACGAAUGCAUGCUUAUGCUAUUUAUAUGAAUAUGAAAUAUGAUUAGGAAAGAUGAGGAUAGGUGUGUGCGUUUGGAUCUCGAUAGAAGCGCUUUUUAUAAACUAACUAGAUUUGUAUCGAAAUGUGAAACAUUGAAAAUAUGAUAAACAUUAAUUGUACUUUUAUGAUGUAUGCGUAUCCACUGGCCUUAUUUAUUGAGAAGUAACCAAAACAAUGAGCUGAACCCUCUUACACACACACACACACACACACUCACACGUACAAACGAGCACACAGAGACAGACACAGACAUCCCAGAAAAACAACUUGAGAAUUGCAAUUGAAUUUUCACAAAGAUUCAAGCUUAGGGCUUUGCGUCACUUUUGUUAAUUGUUUUUUGGCGUCCAAUUUUACAUGAUAACUAAUGUAGGACUCUAGAAAAAACCAAUCGAAACUAUCGAGAAUAGAUUACUAACAAGUAUUUUGUAGUUCGUAAGCUAACUAAAACCUAAACCAAAACAAAUGAAGAUAACUUUUUAGCGCGAGACUCCUUGUGCGAGAAGAUUUUGAAUUUGAAUUUAUUUUUAAUGACUUUUGAAUACAAGACGAAACAAUGAGGAAGACAUUUUAUCAGAGAUCGUUUUUUAUCUAUUUAACAUUUUCUUGAACCACAUACAACAACUAUUUGCUAAGUGUACCCUAUGGCCUAUGAGUUAGUUGUAAGAAAGAGUUUUUCCAAGCCCCCGUUUAGACCACAAAAACAGAUACUGAAGACAGGAGAACAGGGGGAAAUCUGCACAAAACCCAAUCUAAGAAAUAUUCACACUCUGCACCCAAUUAAUUGUACGAUAUAUCUAUCGAGUAACGAGUAUUUACGAUCACGUCUAGCAACUAAGGAUGAAUUGUAUUGUAAAAUGAAUGGAAUCGACGAACACGAAAACGCCCAAAUCUUAUGAGUAUGUAAGCAAAGCCGAAAACUUGAAUUCAAACAGGAUAACCGCUCCCCGCGGUAAUCUAAACUGCUGAAAUUGGCACUUAAGUAUAUAGGUAUACACACCGCAUAUGUAUGUAUGUACAACGUAGUAGAAUUUUCGACUAAAACUAAAACGAACUUGCAAACGUAGCGCGACAUUUGUGCAAGUCCAAGGUCCCCGAGAGCCCAUCAAAAUCGAUGGGCUGCAAUUUAAAGGGGGCCAACUUCACGGAACAGCUUCUUGUUUUUAGCGUAAAUUUUGUUUCACAUAUGUACGAUUAGGCGACCAGCAUGACGAUGCACCUGGCGCACCUGCAGGUAGCUAGCAGAAAAUACAUGUAAACAGUAACUAGAGAAAUGGAACAAUAUAAUAUCAGUGCAACGUAAUAUAUCAGUUAAAAUAACAGAGGCAAACAGAACUCAACUCAUUUAGCACUACCUGCAAUUUGAAUGUGAAAAACAACACUAUCCCCUCAUCCCGGCCCCGCUUCUCCGAACGCGACCCCAUUAAUUUACCUGAAUUGCAAAUAAAAAAGAUGUUCAAUUCGAUGUGAAAAAAC